UGCUCUCUGAAUAUGUGCUGUACACGCGGGGGUGGGACGACCAACCUAUGUCCGCCCAGCAGAUGGCCACCAUGACUACGCGGGACAGCCUGCUUCGCCAAGUAAAAGCCUGGAUUUACGCCGGAUGGCCGUCGCACCUGCGCCCGGAGCAGCACCAGUUCCUACCGUACUUCAGCCGCAGAUCUACCCCUAUGAAAGAGGGCAAGUCGCCAGCCGAGUUGUUGUUAGGCUUCAGGCCCAGGACAAGGCUAACCGGCUUCUUCCCGAGGGGUGAGGAAGCGCAGCACAGCGUGGUCGAGCCGCAAGCCCCGGCCACGACACCACCGCCAUUUUCGCCAGGAAUGCCGGUCUGGUCACGCCAGUUCCAGCCGAGGCGGAGAUGGCUACCGAGGACUGUGGUCUCCAGUGAGGGUCGGCGCAUGGUCACGCUACGCACACCGGACGGCCAACAGAGACGGCACCUGGACCAGCUGCGACCUCGAGACGCUUCAGGGUCCCCGGAAGGUGCUGACAAGGCACGUCGAGUGGCCGGCCGGUCGGAGGUGGGAGCAAGCCCGCCCAGCACCGACGAAAGAGAGGUCGCCACCAACGGCGAUCCCGAGGUGACGCCCACAGCAGACCCGGUUCCUCUCAGGCGCUCUACGCGCCUGCGGAAGCCGCCGGACCGUUUGAACUUAUAGGGGGGAGGGGAUGCUGUAUCGCCGUACGGCUG